AUGGCUCUGUGUGCCUACAGGGGAUGCCCGAAGCUGGAGUCUCAUGAAGCCUGCCUAUCUGGGAACCCUGCAGAUCUGGAGAAACGUAAACAAGUGUUUGGAGAGAACCAGAUUCCCCCCCAAAAGCCCAAGACCUUCUUAGGGUUAGUGUGGGAAGCCCUUCAGAAUGGCACGCUCAUCAUCCUGGAGAUCGCAGCCAUCAUCUCCCUGGUCCUGUCCUUCUACCGCCCCCCAGGGGGAGAAAAUGAACAGUGUGGUCUAGCCGUCAGUAGCCCAGAGGACGAAGGGGAGGCGGAAGCUGGCUGGAUUGAGGGCGCAGCCAUCUUAUUCUCGGUGAUCAUCGUCGUGCUCGUGACCGCCUUCAAUGACUGGAGCAAGGAGAAGCAAUUCCGGGGGCUGCAGAACCGCAUCGAGAAGGAGCAGAAGUUCUCCGUUAUCCGGAAUGGGCACAUCAUUCAGCUCCCUGUGGCUGAGAUUGUGGUGGGUGACAUUGCCCAAAUCAAAUACGGUGACCUGCUGCCUGCAGACGGGAUCCUGAUCCAGGGCAACGACCUCAAGAUUGACGAGAGCUCUCUGACGGGGGAAUCGGACCAUGUCAAGAAGUCCUUGGAGAGGGACCCCAUGCUGCUCUCCGGGACCCAUGUAAUGGAAGGUUCCGGACAAAUGGUGGUGACUGCUGUGGGUAUCAGCUCUCAGACUGGAAUAAUUUUUACCCUCUCGGGAGCCAGUGAGUGGGAAGAGGAAGAGAAGAAGAAGAAAGGUAAAAAACAAGGAGUCCCUGAAAAUCGCAACAAAGCAAAGACCCAAGAUGGAGUGGCCUUGGAAAUCCAGCCACUCAACAGCCAGGAGGGGAUCGACAGUGAGGAAAAGGAGAAGAAGGCCGCCAAGCUGCCCAAAAAGGAGAAGUCCGUGCUGCAGGGCAAGCUGACCCGCCUGGCCGUCCAGAUUGGGAAAGCUGAUUCUGACUCAAGCAGUCUGGGUGGGACCUGUGUUCCUAACAAGCCCCUGGGUGGGGCCCGCGCUGCUGCUCUGCUGAGCACAGGAUCAGAGAGGAAGACCAGAACAGCAUCUUUUGUGGGAAGGCGGCCCCGCCCUCACUGUGGCGCGCCUGUCUCCCCAGGCAUCAUCGACAGCACUGUCGGAAACCAGCGACAGGUGGUGGCUGUCACCGGUGACGGCACCAAUGAUGGGCUGGCUCUGAAGAAAGCAGACGUCGGUUUUGCCAUGGGUAUUGCAGGCACAGACGUGGCAAAGGAGGCCUCCGACAUCAUCCUAACAGACGACUUCACCAGCAUUGUGAAGGCGGUGAUGUGGGGGCGGAACGUCUACGACAGCAUCUCCAAGUUCCUGCAGUUCCAGCUCACCGUCAACGUGGUGGCCGUGAUCGUGGCCUUCACUGGAGCCUGCAUCACCCAGGAUUCCCCACUGAAGGCCGUGCAGAUGUUGUGGGUGAAUCUCAUCAUGGACACCUUUGCCUCGCUGGCCCUGGCCACAGAGCCUCCUACAGACUCUCUGCUGAAGCGCCGGCCCUACGGGCGCAAUAAGCCUCUGAUCUCGCGCACCAUGAUGAAGAACAUCCUGGGUCACGCCGUCUAUCAGCUCACCGUCAUCUUUUUCCUUGUCUUUGCGGGUGAGCCACGCGGAGGUUGGGGAGGGUGGGGUGGGGGCCAGCGUGUGGAGUGCGAGAAGGAGAUGGGCAGAGAGGGGCCCGAGAGGAGGAGGGCGCAGGGCGCAGGCUGA